UUUUUUUAGACUUUGGACUGCCAAAUAUGACUUCAUAAUAACAAUAUUAUGUGUUGCACAAGUAAUGCUUAAGUCGCUAAUCAUGUCUUUAUCACCUCAAAGCUUAUUAUCAGCCGCGACUCGCCAACGUUGUGUAUCGAAGUUAAAAGAACUGCCUUCGCUAGUCGUUAAUGACGAAAAAGCCAGUGAAAGUGCGUCGGUGCUGGUGCCCUUAUGCGUGCACGAGGGCCAGGUAUGCCUACUGUACACGCUUCGAUCCUCAAACUUAAAAAAUCACAGCGGGCAAGUGUCCUUCCCGGGAGGCAAGGCGGACCCGAACGAGACUAAUAUUGAUACAGCUUUAAGAGAGACUGAGGAAGAGAUCGGUGUUCCUCGCGACAGUGUGGACAUUUGGGGCUCAAUGCCUCGAGUUCAAGGUCGGAAUAAGAACUUAGCUAUUAAUCCAAUAGUAGGUGAGAUAAGGAAUUUCGAUAUAAAUAAAUUGCAUGAAAACCCAGAUGAAGUAGAAGAGAUUUUUUUAGUGUCUAUGCAGGCGUUUUGCGAUACGAACAACCAUGCUCAUUGGAUGUGGAAGGACAUGCAGCUGCCUAUGUUCCUGUACGGGCGGCACAAGAUAUGGGGCAUCACCGGAGCCAUAACACACAUGUUUCUUAACUGUUUAUUGCCUGAAGAUGAGUUUAAAGGUGGCUUUUCUAGGAAGAAGUUUCAGCUGGAGGAGCUAAUGAAUUCUAAAUUAUAAUUUACUGCCCUAGAGACAAAAUU